GACUCCAAGCUGGGAACAGCUGCUGGCGGGGCCGGCGAGGCGGGCGCCUGGAAGGAGGAGCCGCGGGGCGCCGGGGCCACCGAGGGCGUCUUCUCUGCCCCACCUCGGUCCCCGGACGCGCGCCGGGAGAAGAGGCCAAAGUUUGCGUCGUGAGCUGUGGCGGCCGCGCUCCAACGCGGUAUUGUUUGCAAACUUUGCUCCCCUCCCCCGCCGCCCCCGACUCGGUGAAGGCGGCGCGCCCACUGCGGGGCCGGGGCGCUGAGAGCAGCGCUCUGGCCAGGCUGGGCGGGCAUGCGCGGGGGCCCGAGCGAGGGCGCGGAGCCGCGGGCAGCAGGAGCCGGUGCCCGAGAGCGGCGGCUCUGAGCGGCGCGGGGGCACUACCGGCUCCACAAUGCGGCCCCCGGGUCCCCGCCUGUGGCUGGUACUUCAGGUGAUGGGCUCUUGCGCGGCCAUCAGCUCUAUGGACAUGGAACGCCCGGGAGACGGCAAGUGUCAGCCGGUGCAGAUUCCCAUGUGCAAGGACAUCGGCUACAACACGACCCGAAUGCCCAACCUGAUGGGCCACGAGAACCAACGCGAGGCGGCCAUCCAGCUGCACGAGUUCGCACCGCUCGUGGAGUAUGGCUGCCAUGGCCACCUCCGCUUCUUCCUUUGCUCCCUGUACGCACCCAUGUGCACGGAGCAGGUCUCUACACCCAUCCCCGCCUGCCGGGUCAUGUGCGAGCAAGCCCGGCUCAAGUGCUCACCUAUCAUGGAGCAGUUCAACUUCAAGUGGCCCGACUCCCUAGACUGCAGCAAACUACCCAACAAGAAUGACCCCAACUACCUGUGCAUGGAGGCGCCUAACAACGGUUCGGACGAGCCCAGCCGGGGCUCAGGUAUGUUCCCGCCUCUCUUCAGGCCCCAAAGGCCCCACAGCGGGCAGGAGUACCCGUUGAAGGACGGGGGUUCCGGGCGCGCAGGCUGCGACAACCCGGGCAAGUUCCACCACGUGGAGAAGAGCGCGUCGUGCGCGCCGCUCUGCACGCCAGGGGUGGACGUGUACUGGAGCCGCGAGGACAAGCGCUUCGCCGUGGUCUGGCUAGCCAUCUGGUCCGUGCUGUGUUUCUUCUCUAGCGCCUUCACGGUGCUCACCUUCCUCAUCGACCCGUCGCGCUUCAGAUACCCAGAGCGGCCCAUCAUCUUUCUCUCCAUGUGCUACUGCGUCUACUCGGUGGGCUAUAUCAUCCGCCUCUUCGCAGGCGCGGAGAGCAUAGCCUGCGACAGGGACAGUGGCCAGCUGUACGUCAUUCAGGAGGGGCUGGAGAGCACCGGCUGCACCCUAGUCUUCCUGGUGCUUUAUUACUUCGGCAUGGCCAGCUCUCUGUGGUGGGUGGUCCUCACUCUCACCUGGUUCCUGGCAGCUGGCAAGAAGUGGGGUCACGAGGCCAUUGAGGCCAAUAGCAGCUACUUUCACCUGGCAGCCUGGGCCAUCCCGGCUGUGAAGACCAUCUUGAUCCUGGUGAUGCGCAGGGUGGCCGGGGACGAGCUUACCGGUGUAUGCUACGUUGGCAGCAUGGAUGUCAACGCUCUCACUGGCUUUGUGCUGGUCCCGCUGGCUUGCUACCUGGUCAUCGGCACUUCCUUCAUCCUCUCUGGUUUUGUGGCUUUGUUCCACAUCCGGAGGGUUAUGAAAACGGGAGGGGAGAACACUGACAAGCUGGAGAAACUCAUGGUGCGGAUUGGGGUCUUCUCCCUCCUCUACACGGUACCAGCCACCUGUGUGAUUGCCUGCUACUUCUAUGAACGCCUCAACAUGGAUUACUGGAAGAUGCUGGCUGCACAACACAAGUGCAAAAUGAACAACCAGACCAAGACGCCUGACUGCCUGAUGGCCACCUCCAUCCCAGCUGUGGAGGUCUUCAUGGUCAAAGUGUCCAUGCUCCUGGUGGUAGGCAUCACCAGCGGGGUAUGGGUCUGGACCUCCAAAACCCUGCAGUCCUGGCAACAUGUGUGCAGCCGAGGGCUAAAGAGAAAGAGCAGGAGGAAACCCGUCAGUGUGGUUACCAGCGCAGGAAUCUACAAAAAAGCACAGCACCCCCAAAAACCUCACCUUGGGAAGUAUGAGCUCCCUGCCCAGCCUCCAGCCUGUGUGUGAAGAGGACUUGGUGGAAGGACAGUACAGGCAGAGCCAAGUGGGCUGCAUUUCUUGGUUGGCUGGUUGGUUUUUAAAAUAAAAGUUAAAAGGAGGUAUAUAUAUAAUUUAUAUAUAUAUAUAUAUGUAUUCUAGCUUGAAGUUCAGGAUGACACGAUACACCAAAAGUAAAGGGUUCUGUUGUGUUGGUACUUCUGUGAAGGGGCAUUCCUCAUAGAAGGACCCUCUUGUUUAAUUCAUUUGUGGUAAAGUAGUGGACUCAGCCCUCCUGGGAAGAAAACUUUUGUUUAAGUCUCAAACAUACAUCUGUUCAUUUCGUAGGCUUUGCUGCCUGUUUAGAAAUUUGAGGCCAGAUAACGCCUUUGCAAGUUAAAGGGCCUCCCUUGUGCUAGCAGAUGAGCCACCCAGGGGCCAGUCAUUGUCUGUCCAUCGCCCCCCCCCCCCAGCAAGGCUACUGUACGUGGCAGGGUUGAAAGAAGGGAGCCUGUGCUAUCUAUACACUUCAGGGCCUUAGGGUCCCUUAAAGAGUGUCCCACCCCCAGCCUUCACAGCCAUCUCUUUCCAAGAUAGAAUCCUUCCCCCAACCCAACACUGGAGAACCCAAAUGAUGUGCAAUACAUUUUUUUUUCUUUCCAUGAAAAUAAAAAGACAAGUAUUUUGCUGUACAUAAAAGACAACAAAAGAACUCUUCUAACAAAAGAACUAGGAGGCCUGGGCCUCGGAAACCCUUUAAGCCUGUUACAUUUUGUGGCUUUUUAGUGGAAACCAAGCCAGAGUGCUCUACUGCAUUGGAACUGGUUUGUGGAGAGGAGGGGAAGAGCCAUUGGAGAGCACCCAUAGGGCUUAUUGACUCUCAAUUGUUAAACAAAUUGUUUCGUGAAUAGAUCAAGAAGCCCUUGGGAAGACAAACUUUGUCACCAGUGGUCUCUACCAGCCAGGGAGGGCGAUGCCUGCCUCUGUAUAUCUGUAAUAUAUGAUAUUUUUCAUGCUCCACUAUUUUAUUAAAAAUAAAAGACAUUCUUUAGUUU